AAAUUAAAUUUUUAUUUGUGAAUAAUUGUGAUAUAUAAACAGAUCGAUCAUGAGAUACUACCGAGAUACUCAAUUCUGUGUAGGUUGCUUGCAUUAUCAAAUUCAACAGAUCUGAAAUGGUACUUGCUGUAUCUUCUACCAAAGUGGUCCUUCAGCUAUGGAUAAUUAUCUGUCAACUCUGUCUCCAUGCAGCACCUGCAAUGCCUUCCGAUCUGAAGCUACCGGAUAUUCAUAUAUUUAGAAGUUGUAAGAUCGGUAGGAUAUACCAAUUUGGAGCUUCUUUUUCAGACACCGGUAAUGAUGUAGUCCAGGAUCCCAUGCUUGCGUCCUCCAGGCUUCCCUACGGUGAGAGUACUUUUCUUGGACCAACUGGCCGUUAUUCGGAUGGACUACUGGUGAUCGACUACAUUGCAUUAGCAGCUGGCAUACCGUUGCUCAAUCCGUAUUUAAAAAAUGACGCGGACUUUACCCAUGGUGUGAACUUUGCCGUUAGUGGUGCUACAGCAUUGUCGACGGAGACUUUGGCAGAGAAAGGCUUUGGGCGAGAUGGUACGGAUAAUUCCCUUGGCGUUCAAGUUGAGUGGAUGUCCAAUCAUUUUGCUUCACAAUACAACACAAACACAAACUGUAGUCCUGGAAGUCUUCACGAUUCUUUGUUUAUACUCGGCGAAAUUGGAACAAAUGAUUACACUAGCCCACUCCGACAAGGCAAAACAUUCAGCGAUGCACGAAAUAUGGUGCCUGAAGUUACUGAAAUAAUUGAGAAUGCAAUAAGAAGAGUCAUUGGUUUUGGGGCUUCUCAAGUAAUUAUUCCAGGAAUUUUGCCAUUGGGAUGUCUUCCAGCGAUCCUUACCACUUUCAAAAGCAAUGACACAUCAGCCUACGACGAAUACGGAUGUUUAAAAGAGUUCAACGAUGUCAUUACAUUUCACAACGACUAUUUACAGAGGAAAAUUAUCAUGCUGCAACAAGAAAACCCCCAAGCUACAAUUGUGUAUUCGGAUUACUUCAAUGGCUUCAAAUGGCUUCUUUCUAAUGCUCACCAGCUAGGAUUUGAUGCAACAUCUGCAUUAGAAGGCUGUUGCGGCAAUGAUGGCCCUUCUCACAUUGAUUCCUCAACUGACGGCUGUGGAGGCUCAAAUGUUCCAGUAUGUUCAAAUCCAGAUCGAUAUAUCAACUGGGAUGGAGUGCAUUUCACACAAAAAGCUCACAGUGUUCUCGCCUCUUGGGUUGUAGCAGAUUUGAUACCAAAGCUCAAUUGUGUUGCUGAGGUGAAAUAUUAUUAGGGGGAUUGCCUAAAAUUUGAAUCCCUUGAACCAAAUCAAUAAUUGUAAUUUCCACUUUUAUAAAACGGAGAUAUUGAAUUGA